AUGGCAUCCGCCAAGCGCGAGGCUCUAUCUGCAUGCACGUCGGUGGAAUCCAUGGGUAGCGCGAUGGCUUCAAUGCCCCACUACCUAUCAAAGGGUACCAACGAGCUCGUGGCUUCCUCGGUUGAUGAGGCUGUUUCUGCCUUGAAGUCCGUGUUACUUUUGAGUAUCACGGGCGUCGGGGAAAUCCUCUGGUUUGUCAUAAAUAUGAUGUACUCCACCUACGCCUGUCUCAUUACAAUGGCUGUCCGUGGUACAGUAGGAGCUGGGAUCGAAUUGGUCAAGGAGGCUACUGAGUGGAUCAACAAAACUCUCAAGGCAAUCAGCGGUGACAUUGAAAGCACCGUCGACAAAUAUAAAGACGAGCUGAACUCAUUCCUCGAAGCAAUCAACAAAGUGGCCAGCGUGUUCACGGACGACCCUAGCCCAAUCAACCUCAACAGCACAAUCAAUACACUAGAGAAUCUAUCUCUUCCCUCAUCAAUCAAUCGUACUGUCGAAAAAUUGGACAGUGCCGUCCUUCCCAACUUCAAAGAGAUCCAGAAUUACACCAAAACCCUCUUCCAAACGCCCUUUCAAGAAGUCAGGGAUCUGGUCAACGAAACUUUGGGUAUUUACAGCUUCGAUCGGUCCGUUCUCCCAAUCCCUGCCAAGCAACAGUUGACCUUCUGCAAUGACAACAAAGGAAUCAACGAUUUCUUCAACGGGGUCACUGAGCUAGCACUAACAGCACGCAAAAUAUUUAUUGCUGUCCUAAUCGUUGCUGCCAUACUGGUGUGUAUUCCAAUCGCAUGGCAAGAAAUCCGCCGAUGGCGCUCAAUGAAAGAGCGCUCCCAGUUGGUUCGCAAGGAGGCCCAUGAUCCAAUGGACGUCGUCUACAUUGUUUCACGGCCUUAUACUGCCGCUGCAGGUAUCAAGGCAGCAAGUCAUUUCAGCAACAGCCGCCGACAGAUCCUUGUGCGAUGGGCCAUUGCAUAUGCAACGUCCCCCGCUGCUCUUUUUGUACUAGCUCUAGCACUAGCGGCACUAUUCUCUUGCCUGUGCCAAUACCUGCUCCUGCACUCAGUGAAGCAAACUGUUCCCGCACUGAGUGCCCAGGUGGGAGAAUUUGCAGACAAGGUUGUUGACUCACUGGAAAGUGCCUCGACAGAUUGGGCCACUGAUGCCAACAAGGCCAUCGUCAAGCUCGAUACUGAACUAAACCACGAUAUCUUCGGCUGGGUCAAUACCAGCGCGCAGGCCAUAAAUGCGACUCUAAACUUCUUUAUCUACAACACAUCUAGCGUUUUAAACGAGACCUUCAAAGGUACCCUGCUGCAAGAGCCUGUCUACGAGUUAUACGAAUGCCUCAUUGGCCUCAAAGCAGAGGCCCUCCAAACGGGUCUGAACUGGGUAGUUGAGCACGCACAUAUCUCCCUCCCCACUCUCCCAAACGACACAUUCUCCGCUGGUGCCUCUGACAGUAUCGGCAGCCCCAACGCUUCUGAUAGUUUCCUCGCCGAUUCAGGCGACCAAACAGCCAACAAAAUCACUGAGGUCGUCACUAGCGUGAUCAACAAACUCCAAGAAGCGGUGCGAAUGGAAGCCAUCAUCGCCACUGUUAUUCUCCUGCUCUGGGUUUUUAUUGCUUUGAUAGGUAUCAUUCGUGUCAUGACACUUUUCUGGAGCCGCGAGAAGCACCGUGGCGAGGGGGGGCAGGGUCAUAUCCUGGACCCUGUACACAAUGGUGGACCACCAUCCCAUGAUCCGAAUGGUUUUACUGAAGUUCCACUCACUGCUAUUCCGAGAAAUAUGUCCGGAGAUGAACACACUGUUCCUCGGUAUACGGCGGCGGUAACAUCCGCGCCUAUGCGGAGUGAGUCGUCGUCAUAUGGUGACGAGAAGAUUGGUUUCGCAGGACAAAGGAAAUAUGAACAUGCGUUACAGGUGGACACGGGUCCUGACUUGAGGGGAAGUAGCUACGUUGAAUAUGAUGUGAAGCGAUGA